AUGAGAAUUGAAAAGUGCUACUUUUGCUCAACAAAUGUUUAUCCGGGACAUGGUUCAGCGUUCGUCAGGAAUGAUGCCAAAGUUUUCCGAUUCUGCACUUCGAAAUGCCACAAAAACUUUAAAAUGAAGCGAAACCCGAGAAAAGUGAGAUGGACGAAGGCAUUCAGGAAAGCCGCUGGCAAGGAGAUGACUAUUGAUGCUACAAUUGACUUCGAGAAACGUCGAAACGUUCCUGUUCGCUACGACAGGGAAUUAAUGCAGACUACAAUAAAGGCGAUGAAGCGGGUUGGAGAGAUCAAGCAAAAGCGAGAGCAUGCUUUCUGGAAGAACAGGAUGGCCAUGAGUCGCGAAAAGCAACGUCUCCACAGAAAAAAAGCGGUCGAAACAAUAAAAUCCUCAACAAAACUCGUCCAACCCAUAGCAGCAUCUUCGAAGAAGCGGGAAAAAAUCAAAGUUCCUGCGAAAUCGCGGAGUGCUCUUGUGCAGGGCGAAGGGCGCUCCAUGACUAUGGAUAUAGAUUGA